AGACAAUGAACAUGAUUUGAGUUGGAAAGAAGCAUUAGAAGAAAUUAAUUCAACUUUGGUUGAUAUUGGGGAGUCUCCACCUAAAUUUCAUGCUAUUCCUUCUCAUUUUCAAUCAAGUUAUGAAAAGAAAAUUUAAUUCUGCCUGCUUCACUAUUAAAUUAAAGGUAUGUAGAGUUUUGGAACAAGAAUUUUCACCUGGAAAAAAUAUAGAAAAUGUGCCAAUACAUAUUCAACAAAAAGCUGAUGACUUGGAUAGGCUUGUUGAAUUAGUCAAAGAAAAACUUGAAACACCAGUGACCCGCAGUCAACAAAUUCAACUAUUAACACUCGCACCAGUUUCAUGGAGUUGCAAGAAGGUUUCAGAAGAAUUCUAAGUUAGUGAAUGUACAGUUCGUAAAGCACGAGAAAUAUUGAAGGAAAAAGGAAUCAUUGCUUUACCCGAUCCAAGAAAAGGAAAAGUACUAUAACAAGCCACAGUUAAUCUGGUCAUGAAUUUCUAUCAAAAUGAUAAAUUUUCACGAAUUAUGCCUGGGAAGAAAGACAAAUUUUCAGAGAGGAGUCUAUGACCAGUCUACCUGAAAAUAAACUUACUAACCAGCCUAAUCAAGAAAGAAAAUAUAAUCACCUGAAAAAUGAGUGAUGAAGGAGAAAGUAUCCUGAAUAACCAAUACCCUGAAGAUGACCUCGACAAAGCAGUUCUUUUUGGCAAACAGUUGAAGACAUUGAAGGUUUCCGAGCCGUUGCAGGAAUAUGCUGAGACUAACGAUUUUGAUAUUCAUGGUUACGUGUUUGAAGCUAAAGAAGAACAGCUAAGAGAACCCAGGGUUGUGAGAGUCGGUGUGAUACAGAACAGUAUAGUGGCUGAUACAUCACAGCCUGUCGUAGAGCAGAGAGAUGCUAUACACCAGGUCAUUGGCAAGAUAAUACAUGCAGCUGCAGACCUCAAGGUCAAUGUUCUGUGUCUGCAAGAGGCUUGGACAAUGCCAUUUGCAUUCUGCACCCGGGAACGACUACCUUGGCUUGAGUUCGCAGAAUCUGCAGAGUUUGGUCCAUCCACCCGGUUUCUUCAGAAGUUUGCCAAAGAGUUCAACAUGGUUAUUAUCUCUCCGAUUCUGGAGAGAGAGGAAAAUACUGACUUGAUCUGGAACACGGCUGUGGUCAUCGACAACUAUGGGCAGGUUAAAGGAAAACACAGAAAGAACCACAUCCCACGAGUCGGGGACUUCAAUGAGUCCACUUACUACAUGGAGGGAAAUACAGGACACCCAGUGUUCAAGACUGAGUUUGGCAAUAUUGCUGUCAAUAUUUGCUAUGGAAGGCACCAUCCCCUCAAUUGGCUUAUGUUUGGUCUAAAUGGAGCAGAAAUAGUAUUCAACCCUUCUGCAACGGUUGGUGCCCUAAGUGAACCACUGUGGAGUCUGGAGGCCCGAACAGCUGCCAUUGCCAACCAUUACUACACUUGUGCCAUCAACCGUGUCGGCACCGAGACCUUCCCAAACGAAUUUACAUCUGGUGAUGGUCAACCAGCUCACAACAACUUCGGUCACUUCUACGGGUCCAGUUAUAUCACCGGUCCUGAUGGUUCCAGAACGCCUUCCUUGAGCCGAACGAGGAAUGGCUUGCUGGUUGCUGAUUUGGACCUGAACAUGUGCAGACAAGUCAGAGAUUCAUGGGGAUUCAGAAUGACGAUGCGACUUGAAGAUUAUGCCAAAGAACUUACCAGAGCUGCAUCACCAGAUUUUAAGCCUCAGCUUAUAAAUUAAUUGAUGUUAAGGUGUCUUUUAUCUAAACACCAAAUAUAACCGUAUUUUAAACAAGUA